GCGGAUAAAUACCUGUUGAGCGGACGUCCCGCAGCUCCUAGUCCGGCUGUCAGGAUGUGCUGGCGGCUGUCGGCGGUGUUUGUGGCCGCCCUCCUCGCCUCGCCGCGGUCCUCCUCCGCGGACACGUACGUGCUGAGCGACGACGGGGGGCUGGGGAGGGACUUCGACGGGAUCGGGGGUCUGAGCGGCGGAGGGGCCACCUCCCGGUUACUGGUGAACUACCCGGAGCCGCACCGCAGCCAGAUCCUCGAUUACCUGUUCAAGCCAAACUUUGGGGCAUCUCUGCACAUACUGAAGGUGGAGAUUGGAGGAGACGGACAAACCACCGAUGGAACCGAGCCGUCACACAUGCACUAUGAGGACGAUGAGAACUACUUCAGAGGAUACGAGUGGUGGCUGAUGAAGGAGGCCAAAAAGAGGAACCCUGACAUAGUUCUGACCGCUUUGCCGUGGUCCUUCCCCGGAUGGCUGGGCCACGGAAAAGACUGGCCCUACGACUUCCCUGAUGUCACAGCAAACUAUGUAGUGAAAUGGAUCCUUGGUGCCAAGAAAUACCACGACCUGCACAUUCAAUAUGUCGGGAUCUGGAACGAGAGGAAUUUUGACGUCAAGUACAUCAAGCUGCUGCGGUACACUUUGGAUAAGAGCGGUCUGGAGGAGGUCAGGAUCAUAGCCAGCGACAACCUGUGGGAGCCCAUAGCUCAAUCGCUGCUGCUUGACCCUGAGCUCAGUGGAGCUGUAGACGUGAUAGGGGCUCACUAUCCGGGUACAGUAACGGUCCCACAGGCCCUGAAGACGCUGAAGAAGCUGUGGGCAUCAGAGGACUACAGCACCUACAACGAUGCGAUGGGCGCCGGCUGCUGGGCUCGCAUCCUCAACCAGAACUACGUCAACGGACAAAUGACGUCAACCAUCUCCUGGAACCUGGUGGCCAGUUACUAUGAGGAGCUGCCGUUCGGCAGAUGCGGUUUGAUGACGGCUCAGGAGCCCUGGAGCGGAAACUAUGUGGUCUCUCCUCCCAUCUGGAUCACAGCCCACACCACCCAGUUCACACAGCCAGGAUGGACGUACCUGCGGACUGUGGGACAUCUGGCUCAGGGAGGAAGCUACGUCGCCCUGACAGACGGCAAAGGAAACCUGACAGUUGUCAUCGAAACCAUGACUCAUGAUCAUUCUGCCUGCAUCAGACCUCCUCUGCCUGCGUUUAACCUGACGUCUCAGACUGCAACUUUCAACCUGCGAGGAUCCUUUGCUUCCAUAAAGGAGCUCCAGGUGUGGCGAUCGCAGUUCAACUUCAAGACACAGAAGCCGUCCUUCUUUGAGAAGCUGACUGCGGUGAAGCUGGUAAACGGGUCGUUCACCCUGGAUCUGGCUGAAGAUGAGGUUUACACACUGACCACCGUCACCACAGGGAGAAAAGGCAGCUACGCUGACCCGCCGCCCUCAGCUCGCUUCCCUAAAGCCUACAAGGACAACUUUGAUGUUCAAGACCCUCCGUUCUCUGAGGCUCCAAACUUUGCUGACCAGACUGGCGUGUUUGAGUACUUUGUGAACACCACUGACCCCGGACCGCACGUGUUCACCAUGCGGCAGGUCGUCACUCAGAGACCCGUCACCUGGACAGCCGAUGCCGACCAGACCAUCAGCGUCAUCGGAGACUAUAAGUGGCAGAAUCUGAGUGUCACAUGUGACGUCUUCAUGGAGAAUGUUAAAAACGGUGGCAUAUUUGUGGCAGCCAGAGUUAGUAAAGGAGGCCAGGACGUGCGGCGUGCCAAAGGCGUCUUCUUCUGGGUUUUUGUUAAUGGCACCUACAAAGUGACCUCAGAUAUUGGUGGGCAGGCGGUGCUCGCAGAGGGGAAGUCCGGGACUGAGGCAUUUACCUGGUACACAUUAUCCCUGACUGUGGAGGGCCAGAAAGCCACCGGGAUGCUGAACGGAAAGGUGCUUUGGACCAAUAGCGUGCAGCUGCAGCCGCCGAACGGCUGGGCGGCCAUCGGAACCGCCUCCUUUGAGCUGGCCCAGUUUGACAACUUCUCUGUGGUGGCGGAGUGAUGAGGUCACAUGAUGAAUACUUGACCUCUCUGAACAUUUGUUGGGGAGGGGGUCUUAAAGAAGCAGGAUGUCACCACUCUUCUGGCUUACAGGAAAUGAUUUUUGCACUGUGUUUUUUUAAGGGUUUGCUGCUUUUUUAAGAUGAAUGUGAUGAAAAGGUGAUGAUAAAAUUCAAGUGUUUGUCUACCAUCACUUUGCACAUCAUGCGACCUGACUCAUUUGACCUCAAUCCUGUGACCUGAACUUCUCAGGAGCUGUUGGUUUUUUACGUUUUUUUUUUUUUUUUUUUUUUACUGAUCAAAAUGUUUGUCUGUAUUACUGAUUUUGUUUAACAACUCUGAUUUUGGGCCAAUUUCUUGUUUUAUCACAUUGACUGUUGUUUUAUCCUUUACUGUUUGUAAUAAACAUUGGUUUUCACCAUUAAAAA